AAAGACUUUCCAAUUUUUUCUUUUACGGCGCAUUUUUCAUGCGCGUCGUAAAUGCCAAAAAAAGUUCGAAACCCCGCUAUUAUUUUAGCUCAAAUUCUAAUUUCCCUCCUUUUGAAGUUUGCUAUCAAAUACCAAGGGAUUGAGCCGAGAAAAGAAAUUAAAAAAAACUCUCCCAAAGCCUGUCUCUCUCGUCCUCCCCCUCUAUAUAUCCAUCAUAGCAAACACUCUUUCUCUCUCUUAGAACUUGGGAAACAAAAUGGGUCAGGGAACUCCGGGCGGUUUGAACCGGCAAGGCCUACCGGGCGACCGAAAGCCCAACGGCAAUGACAAGAAGGAGAAGAAGUUUGAGCUGGCGGCUCCGCCGGCCCGAGUGGGCCCCAAGCAGCGGAAACAGAAGGGUCCAGAAGUGGCGGCGAGGCUUCCGACGGUGACGCCGCUGACCAAGUGCAAGCUCCGGCUACUGAAGCUGGAGCGGAUUAAGGAUUACCUGCUUAUGGAGGAGGAGUUUGUGACGAACCAGGAGCGGCUAAAGCCUCAGGAGGAGAAGGCCGAGGAGGACAGAUCUAAGGUCGACGAUCUACGUGCCUCGCCCAUGAGCGUCGGCAAUCUCGAGGAGCUGAUCGACGAGAACCAUGCGAUUGUUUCGUCGUCGGUGGGGCCAGAGUACUAUGUAGGGGUCCUCUCCUUUGUCGAUAAGGACCAGUUGGAGCCUGGGUGCGCCAUUUUGAUGCACAAUAAGCUUAAUCUUGGUGUGGAUGAGAGUAUACUCUGUUUGUAUUGAAGAAAGAUGGGAAAGCUAUUGUUGGGGAGGCCACCAUUGAGGCAAACACGGUGUAUGGUGUGUUGCGGGGGUUAGAGACUUUCAGCCAAUUGUGUACUUUUGACUAUGAAACUAAAUCCAUGCAAGUACAUAAGUCACCAUGGAACAUACGAGACAAACCAAGGUUUGCAUAUCGAGGGCUUUUGCUUGGUAAGCUACAAAUUUCAAACAUUUUGUCUCUAUAGGCUACUAGCUAUUUCUCUGAGCCAGGAUUGAUGCAUCAGUCAGUAGAUAUUUGAAAAAAUAAAGCUUUACUGCCCUCUGGUUUCUUCAGUACUUGGCUGCAAUAUGCUACCCAGAUUUUGUUUGAUAGGAAUCAUAGAAUUAUAAAACUUUGAUUAAAUGAUUCAACUAGUUAGGCACUGAUUUGAUGGAGGCUUGGAGCUGAAACUUUGAUUGAUAUACUUAAUAGGCUUAAACUAGUUUGUUUAAUUGAUAUGCUGCCCGUAAUAUAAUCAAUUUUUUGAUUCCUGACAGUUUGCAGUGAUUUUGUGUUUUAGCAAUUUUAUAUUAUACGUAAUUGGUAGGAUAUCUUGGUUCAGGUGCAACUAUAGUUCAUGGAGUUCAAAACUUGUGGGUUUCACAACCCCCUCCAAAUAUUCAAUAUGCAGCUAUAGUGAUUGGUGGAUCGUUUAUUAUUGAAGGCGCUUCUCUUCUUGUUGCCAUACAAGCUGUCAAGAAAGGUGUUGCUGCUGAGGGCAUGAAAUUAAGAGACUAUAUAUGGCGUGGUCAUGAUCCUACCUCUGUUGCAGUCAUGACUGAGGAUGGCGCUGCUGUAGCUGGUCUUGCUAUUACUACAGCAUCAUUGGUUGCUGUAAAUGUCACAGGAAAUGGAAUUUACGAUCCUAUAGGUUCAAUUGUAGUUGGCAACCUUCUUGGAAUGGUGGCUAUCUUUCUAAUACAAAGGAAUCGACAUGCUUUAAUU